GAAUUUUUUGGAUUUUUAGUUGUCACUAGUUUCCUUAGUCAGCGAUUCUCAACCUGGGGUACAUGUACCCCUUGGGGGUACGCGAAUAGAUUUUUAGGGUUUUAUCUGUCAAAGGAUACGCCAUUUUCAUACACAUAUUCUAGGAUGCAUAAAACACGGAGAGUUGCUGCUCUUAAUGAUAACUUCACCUCAGGAAAACAAUAAUGGCGUAUUCAGUGAACGUCUCUGUAGAAGCACCGAUCGAGAAUCAGAUUCAGGAAAUCACAUACGAUGGACAAGAAAUUUACCAAGCACCUCUUACAUUGUCUGAGAACUUGGCAAAAAUCGCCCAAAAGAUUGAUUUUAGUAAAACCAAUGGUGAAGAUAUUAAGAAAGAAUCUGAAAGUGGAGAAAAGGGUGAAGAAGACACAAAAGACUCGGCUUCUUUUCAAUCAUCUUUAUGGCCAUGGGAUAGUGUCAGAAACAAAUUAAGAAAUGCAUUGACAGAGGUAUGUGUAUUAGCCGAUGUUCUUGCAAUAGCAAAGGAGAAACAUUAUAUGGUUCUUGAUCCUGUGCCACAAGAACCAGCAGAAGUAAAGCCUAUGAUUCAAGUGUACGCUAGAAAGAAAGCAUUAGCUGGAGCUGCAUCUGUUAUUAUGAUGGGUGCUGAUAGAUUAAAGAACUGUCAGAAUGAAUUAGCUAGAAAUAGAUCGACUCCAGAUUUUCAUAUUGAAUUAUUAAGAUUGAGACAAAAUUGGCGUUUAAAGAAAGUUUCCAAUUCAAUCAUUGGUGAUCUUAGUUAUAGAACAGCUGGAUCUAAAUUCCCUCAGACUGGAAUGUUCGAAGUUACAAAAGCAGAAGAAGAAGAAAAAAGUAGUACAAGUCCUCCUGCAUCUCCAAGUGCUGGUAAUAAUGUGUCAGGUCAGGCUCAUCCUCCAAAUUCCAAGGCUUCUGCUCUGAGAGUUACUAUCCCCAGCGAAUUACAGGGUGUUGCUUAUAUAGAAGUAUUAUGCCAAAAAGAUCAAGAAGAUUUAUGCAGUGCAAAUAUUAGUUUACUUAAUAAUAGUGCACACAGUUCCAACGCAGACAUGCACUGGCAGCAAAAAUUGGAAGCUGCACAAAAUGUUCUUUUUUGUAAAGAAUUGUUCAGUCAAUUAGCGAGAGAAGCAGUACAUUUACGUGCGCCUAUACCUCACAUGGUUGUUGGCAAUCAAAUUAUGGCAACAGUAUUGCCUGGAAUUCAAUUAAUUAUAGGACUCUGUCACAGUACGGGAAAUGACAAAAAACCAACCGCUCCUCCUCCUCAUAAAAGUGAUCAUGAUCACGUAUUAGAACAUUCUUUGCAUCAGCUUUUACGCGAAGUUCAUCACAAAAAUACGCAUCAUCCGUUUCCACAUCCUUCUUCAGGACCUCUUGGACCCAGUAAAAGAAGAUGUUUAGCUGGUCCAACCGCCGCAGAUAGAUAUGAACUUUUAGAAAUGACAAAAAGUCAAACUCUCUUAGAACAAAUUAUUCAACAAGCUCAACAUUACUUUAUGCGAUUACGUACUGAGUACGUUUUAGAUACAAUAGCAAAAGAAGUAAAAGAUCCUUUGAUUGUUUCUCAUUGGAACGCGUUGAACUCUCCUACUCAAUCUUGUGUAAAGAUUAAUAUUUUAACACACGGAUACGAUACAGUAUGUCGAACGUCGCUUGUUGUUCAUAUAGGAGAAAAGUCUUUGAAAUGUGUCUGCCGAGAUGGUAGAGUGAUGCAUAUGAGUUAUGAACCUCAAGAAUUACGGGACCUGAUAUUUUGUCAGAUUUAUCAGCACCAAAUAACAGCAGUACAAGCAUUAGCUAAAUGUAUGGGAUGGCAAUUUUUAGCCAAUAGUUCGCAUCUUGGUUUAGGCGCAGUGGAACCUUUAGGAAAUGCUAGCAGUUGUAUUUUAGCUUCACCAAUAGGCGAUAGGAUGAUAGCUGUUAGAUGUGAACCACAAACGGGAGUACAAGUUGCGAUAGCUCAUUCCCCUAGGAAAGAUUUUUUUCCUGGACAAUUAGUAAGAGAAAGGAAAUGGGAAAAUUUGGGUGGUUCUUUCAAAGAAGUUCGGUGGGACAAAAUGGAGGGGAAGAAUUUUUUAAACAAAAUGGAAUUACUUAUGGCUUCUUUAACAAGCUCGUAAAUCAAUCAACGACUGAUUAGGAAUUCAAUUGUUUCACAGGGUGAAAAAACGUGAUCACACAUUCAGAUUUUAUCUUGUAUCUUUCUACUGUAUAAUUGAAUAAUAGAUGAAUUUUUUCGAGUGAUAUUUCGUGAUUCUGAAAUCUGUGAUUCACUUUACUUUCCAAAUUUUUUUUUGUUUCAAUAAAAAAUUGAUUAAAAUGUCGACUCUGUUUUCUUUUUGUUACCCUGAAUGAACCAAGAUAUUUCAUCCUGUGGUAUUUGUUAUUAAGGAUUAUAAUUAAAUGUAUCUCUAAUUGUACAAAAAUGGUUUUUAUUUGAAUGAUAUAUGAAAUGUAAUAUGAAUCGAGUAAUAAACCAUAAAAUAGUAAGUGAAACACACAAUGCCAAAUAUACAGAUGUAUAUUGAACACCUAAAUUACAAUUAUUAAUGGAUCUUAUAUACAUACAAAAACUACUGAACAAUUCCUUACAUAUUAUCAUCAUUUGUAUAAUCUGUUUUGAAUAGUUAUGUUUUUAAAUGUAAGGCGUGAAUUGAUGCAUAAAUUUAUCUCUUUUACUCUGUCCAUUUGAUAGAAUACGUACAUUAUAUAUGGAUACAUACAUUCUUACAUAUGUACACUCACACUCAUUUUAAACUUUGCCUUUUCUUUUUUCUUUGUAAUACAAAGAGAAUAUCGUACAGUUCAGUAUGAUUAAAUUUUAGAUCGAAACAUUAUCACGUCUUGGUUAUACAAUUGUUUCGAUAGGUUAAGGGACGGACUAGCAGCUUGACCACAAAAUUCUGUGCUAGAACGUAUUACCAUUUAAUACAACUUUUUACGAAAAAACAUUACACUUGAAAGACAAAUAAUACUGGUACAUUUAAUAGAUGUUUUAUGCAGUUUGGUCAAGUGUAAAAGUUUAUCAAGUAAGGUUUAUGUUGGAUCUUUACGAAUAUAUUCUUGAUCAUUAUAGGCUUGCUUAUUAAUAUCAAAAAACAAGAUAUGGUUUGUUAAUUUAACAUCAUAUCUUUUUACACACAGUGUAAAAUCAGAGCAAUGAUUAAUCUCCUCAUAAUCUAAUGGCUAAGGAAAAAAACUUCAUCAUUCUGUGAUGUUCAAUCGGGUCAAACACAACUAUGUAUAUUUAACUUUCUUAUGAAAGCUCUUCUCUUUUACUGUCUCGAAAAACAUUGAACUACAUUUUGGGGUCUGCCGCCUGCAACUUUGAAUGCAAGUGCAGUUGUUAUCAUAAGAACAACAUAAGCGGAUAAAGUGGUAGCUACAUAAGCUUGAUAUACAUUUAACAAGGUCAUACAUGAUACAAACAAGUGUGAGCCAACAACCCAAAUUACUUGUCCCCAAUUUUUUCUAUCAAGGGCAGAAAAAAAUACAACACCCCAAAAUGUAUGUAACAAAAUAAAGCAAAGAGUUGUAGCCGCUGAUAUUAUAAAAAAGUAUUCUGUGCCUUGUCGAAGUCCCAUUGUUCCAGGUCCAACAGCAUCUGCUAAAACAUUGACUAGUGCAAAGACACCACUCAUAAAACCAAAACCUAAACCACACACAUAUGCGAACACAUGUCUGCUGUCUGCUACAUGUGUUGUUGUUACUUUGUCUAAUCCUCUCUCAGCUUUCCUGAGUACCCAGUACAAAAGAUACCUGAAUGCCUCUUGAAAUAAUACGGAAAAUAUAAGUCCAAACGCGAGGUGAUUUUGUAGUGGCACCACAGCAUACCAGAGCAUCGACGACAAUAAUAAAGAAAUUAACCAAAAGAAGGCACUGGCUAUCAGUAUGAUGAUCCUAAUGGGUUCGGCUGCGACAGUGAAUGUAAACAUGGCCAACGGCGGGCCAAAUGCCAAAAAGGCACAACCAAAAAAAUCCAUAACUGUCAUUUUUGCCACAAAAUAGUAUCAGAUCACUUUUGAUGUUUCUUUAUAUCACGCUGAUCGGAUCUCUUCGAAAUGCUAAAUAUUCAUAACCUUAUGUAGCCCUCGCGCGGCUCGGUCAGUACUUCUUGAAGGGCACAUUUAUUUCCUCUGUUGAUUGUAGAAAUAUAGAAAAUGCGAUAAUAAUGGAGUCGGAAACUAAUGAAUCACUAUAAUGAUGAAAUCACUUGGCACACUCUCUACCGAAUCUUUCUGAAAAAAU